CAUAGGACUGGGCCCCACACAGCCUUAACAAGAAAACCUACAGCAAGUUAGAAAGCGGACCUUGAAACCGACUUUGGAGUGGAAACAAACAGAUUACCAGGAAUGGGUUUUCCUGUGGAUUUUUUUUUUAAAGUUACAUCCGGGUGUUCUAGCUUUUUCUUCCGGGUCUAUGUUUUUUUCCUUCCCGUUUCUUCCCCUGGUCUAGCUACUAAGUCUGGAGGAAAAAAGCAAAUUUGUAUCUUUAAGAGCUCGCGUUGUCUCUCGGCCCCCUCCUUUCCCUCCAGUUUUAAACUGUUUUUGGAGUCGUCUGUUGCAAUAUAGUGAGUGAUCGGUUCCUCUUAGAAUCCACCCCUGUAGCAAUCAAUCUAAGGGAGUGGGUGUUCCUGCCACCUCUAUUGCUGACUUCCAUCUUGGAUCGCUGUAAUGGAAGCUGAGGAGCAGAUGCCAGCUGGGAGAGCCCUCCACAGCCUGGGGGCAAUGACCAAGAAGGCUCUGUCCCAUGUGCAAGCUGAGAUUUUUACAAGUGUGAAAUUAAAGACUGAAUGAUGGACGUUGUGGAUGGGGAGAGUAAAUGGACUUCUCUUUAUCCCCUUUGCAAGUAACAGAACAGAAACUAAUGAUCUAUCCACAAUGAUACCAAGAUGUGGCCGGGGGAAGCGAGCUCAGCCGGCAGCAUCCAUGAGGAAAGUUCUGGCCGUCCAUCUCCAAGAGCCUCCUUUUUCCAGCACAGAGGAAGGAGGCAGCCCUCGGGAGCCCAUGCCGAUGAUGGCACCGGCUCUUUCUUUGCAGACGGCGAUGAAGGGGGAAGAACCCUGUCAGACGACGGUGCACGAUCUGUUUUCCUACUUGAAGGAAAAAGAGGAGGAGGAAGAGGAGGAGACCGCAGAGCUGGGAGGCUUUUCACCGCCUCCGGCAACUUCUAGCCAGCUGAUUGUGAAGCAGUCCUGCCAUUCGGAGGUUCACGAGAUGCUCUCCUACUUAAAGAAGGAGGAGGAAGAGGAGGAGGAAGUGGCUGAGAUCGUCUCCCUUUCCCCUCCUCAUAUCCUCCCCGCACCAGCCACGCCGCCACCUCCUCCUGCCUACCUGUCCCCUGCUCCCCUGGCCCGAACGGUCCACCCAGCCGGACUUGAGAUGCUGCACUUCUUCAACCCGCUGGCCCAUGUCUCGGCCCCUUCCUCUCAGCCCAAGCGUGGGCGCGAUCGGGACUCCGCGCUGGCCUGCGGGCUGGCCGAUGCCAUCCCCCCUCCCGUGCACAAGAAGACCACGUCCGCCGUGUGGGAUUAUUUCACUCUGGACCCACGGGAGCCCUGCGUGGCCAUCUGCAGCACUUGCCAGAAACGGGUGCGGAGAGGGAAGGACGGGGGCACCCGGCCGGGCACGACCGCCUUGCACAAGCACUUGAAGGUCCACCAUGGGCUCCACUUGCCGGGGGUGGCUGUCGUUCCUCCUUCGCCUCUGGCGCCUCUGAAGGAGAGGCUGCAUGGUCACUCCAUGGUCAUCCCAGACCCCAGCCCAACCUUUCAGUUUCCCCGCCAGGAGCGGAACCAGCCCUACUACCCUCCCACUCACCCAACAGCUCUUCAGCUGGCUUCGGAUACGGCCUGGAUGCUCGCCGUCGACAUGCAGCCUUUCUCCUACGUGGAGAGCGAAGGGUUCCGCCGGCUGAUGGCCACCGCCCAGCCCCGCUGGAAGGUCCCUGGCCGCGUCUUCUUCUCCUCCAAGGCCAUGCCAGAGUUGUCCAGGGUGGUGUCCAGAGCUGUACGCCAAGCGGUGGUCUGCAGCAUGGGCCGCACCGUCCACAUCGCCAUAGACACCUGGGCCAGCGGCCCAACCACAUCCUACCUGUCGGUGACAGGGUGCUGGGUCGCCGAAUUAGCUGGGGCCCUCUCCCGGCAGCACGCCACCUUGUCGGUGUGCACCUUCGAGGGGCCCUGCUUGCCGGAGGACAUCUGCCACAAGCUGAGGGAAGUCCUGCAGGACUGGCUGUACGACCUGAAGAUCGGGGGCGUCGUCUCGGACAAUGGCGCCAAGGUGGCCGGUGCCGUGCAAGAGCUGCACCUCAAGCAUGUCCCUUGCCUGGCACGCUGCCUGCAGAGGGUGGUGAAGGCCUUUUUGGCGGCCGACGCCCAGGUUGCCCGGCUCCUGAAGACUUCGCGGAGCAUCUGUCGCUACUGCAGCCACUCCGCCGCCGCCCGCCGCCGCCUCCUGGAAGCCCAAGCCAACCUGGGCCUCCGCCAGCCCACGUGGCAAGAGGCCCAGGCGAAGUCCCGCUCCACCCUACGCAUGCUGGAGUGUCUCUACCGGCAACGGCAAGCCGUUGGCGUGAUGCUCAGUGAAGCGUCGUCGGAAGCCUCGCACCUCCACCUUACGCCUGCGGACUGGAAGUUGGUGAAGUGUUUGGUAGAGAUCUUAAAGCCCUUUGAGGACGCUGCGACGCUGGUCACGCGGCCCGACGCCACACUCUGCCAAGCGCUCCCGCUCCUGUGGUUCCUGGAGGAGCAACUCAGGGCGUUGAGAACGAGAUACCACCAAGAGAACCACAACACGGCCGCGCAUCUCACCACCCAGGCCCUGGACUGUCUGGAGAAUGACAUCCAGCUGAGAGGCAUGAAAACCAGCAUGAUCUGCCGGGUGGCCGCUUUCCUCGACCCCCGCUUCCGAGACAUCACCACCAUGAAGCUGGGCGGUGCGGAUGUGAGCGACGCGGCCCUGUUGCGGGAACACAUCAUUGACUUGGCGGCCAGGUCCUACGUCCCUCCCGGACCAGAUGCCAAGUUCACGCCAGUGGGCUGCUUAUCUCCACAGCCGUCCAGCUCUUCCACCAGCCUGCCAGGCUCGGCAGCCUGGCAGUUCACCCUGAAGCGGUGGAGGGCGAUUACCAAAAGCGACCCGGCCAUGGGGCUGGCCACUGAAGGGGGAGCUGCUGCCGCCCUCUGGGAAGUGGAGGAGUAUCUUCACGACAACGUGGACCAUGUUGGGGAAAACGCGGACCCGAUGUUGUACUGGCAGGGGAAGAUCGGGAUCUGGCCAGCUCUCUUCAAGGUCGCUGUGUUCCACUUUGGAUGUCCGCCCACUUCAGUGUUCUCUGAGGACCUCUCCAGUACGGCUGGCUCUUUGGCGGUGGGCGACCACCCCAGGAACCUCUCCCCUGCCAAUGUUAAAAUGUUCACUUUCAUACGGAAGAACCGCCACCUCAUCCCUCAAGACUGGAGGCUUUCUCUGGGAGACCUCUCCUCUUCUCAGGGGGCCAUGGGGCCACGAGAGGACUUGGAUAUGGAAGAGGAAGAAGACCUCCUCAUCAUGGACAAAGAGGAGGAGGAGGAGGAGGAGAAGUGAGAAACUCGGCAGCCUCAGCACUUUUGAUCGGGUGCUGGAGCUUGUCCUCUUGUUGGGGGGCAGACUUGUACCUCAUUGCUUGGGAACAUUUGCAUUUUAAGUCUCGUGUAGUGUCGGAGUGUUGGAUUUAACAUGAGAAUAUCAUUGUUACUGCAAAACGAAUGGACUAAGCUUUUCUGUAGGCAGCAUUUUGCCAUCCUUCGAGAUGGCCCAAGGGUCUUGUUUAUUGGGGGGUUGCUUUUGUGGGGGGAGGUUUUGGUUUUGGGUUUUUUGUGGCAAUUGAAAGGCCUACUGAACAUGAACCACAAAGACAGACUCAACCCAGCAGACUCUUAUGGCUGCCCACCAGAGUCCUAAUAAACCCGUGUUUGCUGCCUGCCUGGGACUGCAAAGACAAUCAGGUUGCCAGCCACCUAUGAAGUCACAUAAAGUAGCUAAUGGGCUGCAUUUGGAGACUUACAGGCACAUACUGUGAUCGCCUGGAGGGUCCGGAGUAACUAUUUCUGCAAAGAAAGCCAGAACAAAUCAAUGCAUUCCAUAUAUGUAUAGAUCCCUUUUAAAAUCAUACCUCAAGCAGGAAAAGCAGUUUAUUGGUCUCCGAAAACUGUGCUAAUGUAAAGAUAUCUAAUACAAAUUAUGAAGGUUGCCAUCUGUAGGGCUUUAGCCUAAUUUUAAUUGGAUAUUUUGCAACCUUUUAACAUGUAUUUUAACUGAUCUUCUGAGCAAACUGAUGCAAAAUAUGCUGGAAAUGGAAUAAGCUACAUAAAGUAUUGCUAAGAACAAAGAUAUUUAUUUACUACUUUUUAAAAAAAAUCUUCCAAGGAGGUCAGGCCGGUGCAGGAGAUUUUUCCUGCUUGGGGUGUGAGAUCAAAUCUCAAAUGAGCCCAAUAUUGCCAGUCUGGAUAAUUACUAUAUGCAACUCAACACCACAACAUGCGAUGGCCGAUAGUUUAGAUGGGAUUAAAAGAGGGUUCCAUGUUCAGAGGCAGUAUACCACUGACUACAUUGCUGUUGAGCAAGAUUACUGCCUUCAAACUCUGCUUGUGAACUUGGAGAGGCAUCUGAAGAGCCACUGUAUGAAACAGGAGGGACUAGAUCAGGAGUUUCCAACCUUCAGAUGAUGUUGGACUACAACUCCCAUCAUCCAUGGUGGCGCAGUGGUAAAACUGCCGCCCUGUAACCAGAAGGUUACAAGUUCGAUCCUGACCAGGGGCUCAAGGUUGACUCAGCCUUCCAUCCUUCCGAGGUCGGUAAAAUGAGUACCCAGAAUGUUGGGGGCAAUAUGCUAAAUCAUUGUAAACCGCUUAGAGAGCUUCCAGCUAUAGAGCGGUAUAUAAAUGUAAGUGCUAUUGCUAUUGCUAUCCAUAGACAUUGCAGCAGGGGAUGAUGGGAGCUGCUGUUCGAAAUCUGGGGACAUGUCUGGGUUGGGAGCCUCUGGACUACAUGGUGUUGUGAGCCAAGCUUAAUCCGCACUUUGUUUAUGCUCUGGAGCUAGCAAUGAGAAUAAGACUUGUUCACAGUGGUCACAAUGUUCUGAACCCUGAAGUAGAGAAACAACCACACACUCUAAAUUGUCCAAUGGGUUUUAUUAAAGAACCAACAGUCAAUGAAGCUAAUAAUGCAAUCAGACAGAUUAGACAAGUCAAUCGUAUUUCUAGUGUAAUGAAGUGUGAUGUCCCUAACUAGAAGAUAUGUACUGGGUGCGUGUGAAAUCAGUAUUAAGCUAGCUGUUUCCCUAUCAUAGAUAUUCUUAAAAGAGAAGGAGAAAAAAGGGUGGGUGGGAAGGAAAGAAACAAAGGAUUGGUUUAGGAGAGUCUAAGCAGAGUACCAGGGUUUAGUAGAGAAGAGAAGUGGGGCAAAGGUGAACAUAAGAGCAGCCCUGCUGGAUCAGGCCCAAGGCCCAUCUAGUCCAGCAUCCUGUUUCACACAGUGGCCCACCAAUGCUGGUUGAGGCUGCUUCAGAAAAGGGCAUAUUACCGGAUCUAGUCGAGGCCAAAUGGAUGUUAGCGGAGCUUGGGUUCGUUGUUGGUGAGCGUUGCAGACAACUUCAAGCAGGCAUGUUGAGUACUUGGACCGGAGUCCAGAUGUGUCUAGGCAGAGAUAGUCAUGCUUCCUUGUCCCGCAACAGGAAUCCCUGACAGUCUCUUGCCUAGCUUGGGAGAACGUCUGCUUCGCUCCGUAGCCCAGACAGCAAGUUCUUAGGUGAUUUAAGGUUUGCUUGUUAGGCAAAAGGUUGCUGAAGCGAUGCCCAGCGAGCUGGGUUCUUCUAGUAGUUCAGUCCUUUGAUCUAGCUGUUGAGCUUCCUCAAGAUAUCAGCAUCCCUCCUGAACCUCAAAAGUGUUCAUUGCUCAUGACAUUGUCUAUUUGUCUGAGGAAACUGAGGGCCAUCUCCUGUAUAUCCUCAAUUUCUGUUGUCAGGAGAACAUUGUUUCUUGGUGUUCUCAAAAUAAUCUGCAUUUCUGAGCUUUGCAGAUGAACAGUGGCUGUGCUGGUGGACUCUGGGUGCCUUGCCCCAAAGAGGCGUUAGAAGUCAGAAUAUUAAGGAGGAAGAGACUAAGUUGUGUGUGUAAGAGAACAAUCAAAUUGCUUUGUGUACAUUUACCUAGUGUGCACAUCUAAAAACAUUCCAAGGUGAUCGCAUUGAAUAUCUGUGAGACAAGAAGUCAACAAUGACAAUUGUAGCAAGCAUUGUAGGUUACAUUAACACUGUAAACAUUCUGCCAGAGAAAAUGCAGGAUUAGCUUCCAGCUUUCCCAAAGCUACUACCUAAGAGCAACGUCCAGACAAUCUGGCUUGUCUCUUAGGAGUUAAUCAUUUCACUCAGAGUUCAGCAAUUCCCUGAAUCAAGGAAUCUCUUAUAGGAAUUCCAGUAUCUAAUACAUCCCAGCUGGACCUUUUGGGUUCUGAAAUCUGAUCCAAAUUGGUUUAUGGUUCUCAGGAAGGGUCUGUUUUCCUCGAUGUUCCCCAAACAAAUCUGCAUCUCUAAAGCUGACAGAUUCAUAUUUACUGUGUAAAUAGACUCAAGGAAAUGCUAAAUUCUAUAUGUGAGAAACACCUAUUCUAAAUUAUGUGCACAGACUCCUAUCCUAUCUAUGGGUGCAUUCUUACAGUGAUACCAAAGUGAUUCUCUUACAAUAUAUGUGAAGUCAGAAAUCAGUGUUACAACUGUAGCAAACACAAAAUAGUUGCAUACUAUUGUAAAUUAUUUUGCAAGAGGAAGGGCAGGAUUGCGUCUGGCAUUCUUAGACCAUAAACCAUUAAGCAAUUACCAGGUGGAUUUGCCUGUCAACUCAGAGUUUGCUGGUUCAUUGUUCAGAGUUCAUCAAUACCAAGCAUAAAAAAAAUUUCUCAAUGAAACUGGAAUAUCAGACUUAGGCCUAAACCUAGCUUUCUGUGCCUGUAACUCCGGGCCAAAUUUUGCAGCUUUGACCACAACAAUGGAGCUUUGGUCGGACCCAACAGGGCUCUAAGUACAUUCUUCCCUGCACUCAGCCCCAUUUAAUCCUCACAACAACUCCAUGAGGAAGGUCUUAUUGAGACACAGAGACUGAACCUUCACAAUGGCUGAAGGCUGAGCAUAAUGAGAGUUGUUGUCUAAGAACACAAGCUUGGGAACCCCUGAUAUAUAGCAAAUUUCUUGGUCAUGCUCCUUAUGAAGAGGUACAUAGGAACAUAGGAAACUGCCAUAUACUGAGUCAGACCAUUCUUCCCAGAGCGGCUUCAGGGGAAUAUCUUGCAGUGCUCACACCAAGUCUCCCAUUCAUAUGCAACCAGGGCAGACCCUGCUUAGCUAUGGGGACAAGUCAUGCUUGCUACCACAAGACCAGCUCUCCUCUCUAGGUAGUUUUCCUAACAUACCCUGGUCCCAAGUCAUUAAGGGCUUCAAAGGGCAAAGCCAGGCACAGGAGUCUGAAGAAAAUGGGAGCCAGUAAAACUGAGAAAAGGCUGCUGUUAUAUUAGCUGAUGUUAUAACAGGGCCUCAACAAGACCCUGGCAGCUGCAUUUACCUUUAUAUGUAACAUUUUAAUACCAAGAUAUACCUUCUGACAAUGAGAACAGGGCAGCUUACAUGGCCCAUUGUGUUCAUACAACAGCACUGUGGGGUAGGCUAGGCUGAGAAAUGACAACUGGGCCCAAAGUUGCCACAUGAGCAUCCUGGAUCCCUUGAAGUUGUGGGAAUAUGGAAAUUACACACACACACACACCACAUCCCCUGCUGAUACCUCUGUUGACCUUUGGUGGAUGUCGUUUUUUCAUUGUUUGGGGGCUGUAAACCACCUUGAGAUUUUGUGGGUAUAUAAAUGCAACAAAUAAAUGAAAUCUCUUUCAUA